AACAAGAGUAUGAUGCUCAUUUGAAAUCUUAUUUUGUUGGGAGGAAUUGGUGUGCUCAAGAGAGUUGUUGUAGAUCUCUCUUUAUGGCAGCUUUUGUAUCUUUUUGUUCUUUGAUGAGCAGCAAGAAACAGUUUCGUUCUUCAUUUACUUGCUCCCAAAGGUACACCUGCUCCUCCAGUGCAAGAGUUGCACCAGCAGUUACCGAUACUUUUCAACGCCAAGUCAUUUCUAUGAGGAGUAGAAGGGACCUCAAAAAAGAGAAGAAGUUACGUAACUUGGAGUUUGCUAAGCUUCACCGCAAAAGAAAGGAACGUAAGAGGAAGGUGGAUCAAGAGACGUUGCGGGUGAUGGACGAUAAUACGUUCAUCAAAGAAGUCUUUUCAGCGGAAGAAAAUACCAGUGAUUGAGAUAUUUACACACAUACAUAAAGAGUGUGUGUGUCAUUUCAAUAUGGGGGUGAAGAAGAAUAGUCAAGUAUACUUUUGAAUGGAAUAAUAAAGUAACAGAGACUGUUGUGAAGAUGGGAUAGAUAUAAAUGAAAGAUAGCUCAUUUAU